AACACACUUUUCACCAUCCUUUCGUGAUGGCGCGACAGAUGCCCAUCACAGUCCUCUACCGGGAAUCUGGUUCAGGGUGCGAUGAGAUCCCUAUGCGUGUCGGAACGCCCCCCCCCCGGGAAGACGCCGGGUACAACGCGUUCGAGUUGAUUCUGCCCCAAGGCAAAACCGUAGCGACCGUGUCGGAUCUCGUGGGGGCGUUUCCGCUGGGCCCGUCGUAUCACCUCGACGUCCUCCGGCCGGACGGCAUCUUCGAGAGCGUGCGGGACCUAGACCUGGGAUCGCCGGUGCCUUUCGCGGGGGAAAACAUCAUCACGUGCAGGGUGUUCCGGCUCGCGUGCCCCCCCGGGUACGCCUCCGGAGGCACGGGGAAGAUGCUUCCGGUUAGUGCUAGCGGGGUGUGGACCGGGCCUGGGAAAGGGGCGCAGCAGCAGCAGUACCAUCGGAAGCAAUCCGCGGGCGGGGGCGGGGGCGGCGGCGGCGGCGGCGGCGGCAACGUGGUGAAGGAUCUGAAGAAGAACGCCGGGAAGGCAACCAAGGGGUUGUUCGGGCUGGUGAGCGGGGCUGUUCAGCGGACGGCGGAGUACCUGACGCACCAGGAGAUGACGGUCGGGGUGUACAAGGUGCAGAUCGUGAGAGAGAUGGCAGAGGGAGGUGAGAGGUCCACGUGGAAGCCUGUCGCAUGGCGUUUGUGGGGGAAGCGGUAA